AUGACUCUUUACUUGGGCUCAGCCUCUCCUGCUCGCAAGCAGAUCCUAGAGGGGCUAGGGCACAGUAACGUGGUGUGUUGUCCCUCCAAUGUGGACGAGACGUUGUCGCAAGAGGAAAGAACACAUGAAGAAUAUGUGAUGGAAAUCACUAGGAGGAAGACGGAUGCCGUGUUGUCGGAUAAGUUGAAGGGUAUGGAUUUCGUAGCGGAGGACUACUUGGUAUGUGGGGACUGCGUUGUGGUCAAUGACAACAACGAAGUAUAUGGCAAGCCUGCCAGUGCUGAGCAGGCGCUGUCCUGGCUUCAUGGCUACUCGGGCACAUGUUUCUACCUUGUCCAAGCGUUGGAGGUCACACAUCUAGCCACCAGGCGUCGGGUAGUCGGCACCGAACGGACGACAUGCUGGCUCGACCAAAUUCCGCUUGAAGGACGGGUGGACUACAUCAACGAUUCAGGUGCACUCGGCGCUGCCGGCGGCCUAAUAAUUGAACACCCCUUCAUAGAGCCCUGCAUCCGAAGCAUUCAGCAUGGCACAAAAGAGUCCAUUAUGGGACUUAGUCCGCAACUUAUACAAGAACUAUUUCAGAAACUCACCGUGUCCUAG